GCAUUCCAUAAAUCCUUAACAAAACGCGAAACCCGAGAGAGAGAGUUCAAUCCAUUCAGAAAUGGCGGCAGCGGCAGCGGCAGCAUCAUCGUCGGUCCUCCUCCUUCUCCGUUCACAACCACCGUCUCCGUCUCCGUCACCGUCACACUCUUCUUCUUCUCUCAUUUCUUCCAUUCUCAAACCUCUUCUUCUUUCUUCAAAUGCUCUUUCACCCACUCGCCUUCGACAAAUCCAUGUUCCACCACUUCAUAAACCUCUCUUCGGCUCUUUCUUCUCCACCACCACACCCUCUUCUUCCUCCGUCGCGUUCCCUCACCCACCUCCGCUCGCUGCUGUUUCCGGAAGCUCAGCACAAGAAACAAUAGCAGAAGAAGAAGAGGAGGAGGAGGAGGAAGAAGAAGAAGACGGGGUUGAUGGCGAAUUGGAACAGUUUGAUGAUGAUGAAACAGAUUCUGAAGACGACGAAUUGGAAACUGAAGGAGGCGGCGAACUUGAAGAUGCCCAAGUGGGUGGUUCAACUUCGUCUCCGUUGGUGGAGAAGAGGAAAGAGAGGUUGAAAUUGGAAGUUCCCAGUUUAACUGUGAAGGAAAAGAAAGAGCUAGCUUCAUUUGCUCACAGUUUGGGGAAAAAGCUCAAGUCCCAGUUGGUAGGAAAGUCUGGUGUUACCUCCAAUCUUGCCACUUCUUUCAUUGAGACCCUUGAAGCCAACGAGCUUCUCAAGAUUAAAGUACAUCGGACUUGUCCGGGUGAGUUAGAAGAUGCGGUGAAGCAGUUGGAAGAAUUAACUGGUUCAGUGACUGUUAGUCAGAUUGGUCGAACAUUGAUUAUAUACAAGCCCAGUCUCACCAAAUUGAAGGCAGAAGAAAAGAAAAAACAAGUUCGCAACCUUAUUCUGAAAAAACAAUUUAAACCAAGAGUGUUUAACAAGAGUAAGGAACCACCCAAAUCAUCACGGCCAGGUUCAACAUGGAAAAGGAGAGACAGUAGGUGAUAAACACAUCAUAAGGUUGACCUUAUGGUUGUUGGCCUGAACAAGGUUGGGGUUUUCUUGCAUAGAAACCAAAGCUCAAGGUUGAGGACUUGUUAUUGGUUGCUGGGAGUUCACUUUGGAUCAAGGAAAGUUUGCAUGAAGUGAGGGAUUGUAUUGUAACCGGAGCUGGAGAACAUAGAUCUUGAAUUCAGUUUAGUUUGGUUUGUCCAUGAACUAAAUCAGUAUAUUCUAAUGCAAUGGACAUGUUGUAAUCUGAAAUUUAUCCUUUUAAUUACAUUUUUUUUCAACUUCGAA